CGGGCGCUGAGAAGGCGGGUCGGGGCGCUCUGUCCCCGUGACAACAGUGGGAGGGGCCGCGACCCUGCUGUGCAGCUCUCUGAUUGGCUCCAAGUACAAUGCUCCCGCUAGAGGGCGGGGCUUGAAGCUACUAAAGGGCGUGCUCGGGGGUGUGCCCCUCCCCUAGUUCUGUGAACCCGGCCACCUGCUCCAGCUGCUCCCCUGCUUGUCUGGCCUAGGUCACCCGGUCAACUCUCAGGGCCCUCAAAGAUGGUGCAAAGUGAACUUCAACUACAGUCCAGAGCAGGCCGACGAGCUGAAGCUUCAAACUGGGGAGAUUGUGGAAGUUAUAAAGGAGGUCUUGGAAACACAGACAUGCCUUCAGUCAUUCCUAAUCCACCGAGGCCUCCUAAGCUGAGCAACUUGACCUAUGACAGCCCUCCAGACUACCUGCGGACAGGUGAGCAUCUAGCCAAAGAGUCCUUCCCACAGUUCCAGGCCACACCCUCCCUGGUGGGAGGGGAGCCAGUCUCCUGCCCCGAGACCUGCAGGGUCCUGUUUGACUACCAUCCUGAGGCCCCGGAUGAGUUGGCGCUGCACAAGGGGGACCUGGUGAAAGUUCUGAGAAAGACAACAGAGGAUAAGGGCUGGUGGGAAGGAGAGUGCCAAGGCAGAAGAGGGCUGUUUCCAGACAACUUUGUGCUUCCACCACCCCCAAUCAGGAAGCUUGUCCCACGAAAAAUUAUAACUCGGGAUUCAGCUCCUGUUAAGGAACUGAAAAAGCCGAUGCCCAAAACACUCCUAUCCACUGUCAAGAGACCGGCAGCAGCUGCCUCUGCACUUAGCAAAGCCAAGACAUCUUCGACACCCAGUGGGGACAGCCAGAAACGCCCCUCCCGAGACUCCGGCCUCAAUGGCAGCUUCCUCAAUGGAAGGCCCAGACAACUUGGGAGAAAGCAAACGAGAAUUCAGGCUUCCCAACAGUAUUCUGUAUUCAGACAGGAGGAUGAGCAGAGAAGCCCGGGAAAGGCCCCCUCCACAAAUAAAACCACUACUCCAGAAAAGACUCGGAUUCCAGUUAAGACCCUUGGUCCACAGAAGAUCCUGGCUCCCAACAAAGCCUCCACUCCAGAGAACCCCGUUCCAGAGAAAGCCUUGGAUUCUGCCAAAAUCCGCACUGCAGAGAAUACCACUGCGGACAAGGCUGUCAGUACAGAGGUGGAUGAAGCCCCUGCCUUAGAGGCCCCAACUAAGGAUGAAACCGUUGACCCGAAGAUGGCCCUUCAUGUGGACAGUGCCCCUGUACUAGUAAAGAUCCUGAGCCCAGAGAACAUGCUUUUUGAAGGGGAGUCUUUUAGACACAACACUCAGAACCAGCAUUUGCCUCAGGAAGAAACCACACAGGCUUCUGAGUCUCUUGCAUCUUCAAAUGACAUUGAGGUUCCAGGAGAGUACUCUCAACAGUCUACCUCAGAGUGUUGCUAUUCCCGUAGGGAUAAUCAUGUGGACACUUCCCCAGCCCACUCCCGGGCUAACAAUGAGUCUGCGGUGGGGGAGGCCACCUUUCUGGAGGAGCUACCAGCCAAAGAUGAGACAACCCUGAAAGAAACACUCGCCAAAGAAAACCUGCCUUCUGAAGGGGAGGGUCCCUCAAAGCAGGUGCCUCCUAAAGAGCCAGUCCCCAGUCCCCAAGUACCACAUGCUAUCAAGCAGAUUCCAGAUCCUGAGGAAGCCCCCACACUUCAUCCCGCGGUCCCACCAACCUCUUCCCAAAGCAAGAAUGACAGCGAGGAUGUAGCAUCGUUAAAGGAAGAGGUGGGGUCGCUAAAGAGCUUGCUGGAGCGUCUGGAGUGGAAGCUGGGAGAGAAGAUGAGUGAUGUCUUGGAGGAGCUGAAGGCAGAGAAGGAGGAGCUGAAGGCAGAGAAAGAGAAGCUCCAGUCGCUGGAGGUUCAGUUCAUGGAGAAGACCCAGAAGCUCUUCAAACACGCGCAGACACAGACGGAAACACACACGGAAUGAGGGCGGGCUCAGGCGGAACCUCAGCCCGACCUGGAGGGACGUCCAUCCUGCUCAGGCCGCCCCGUCCUUGUACACAUCUUUGAGAAACUCCAAGGAAGUAAAAACUCUAAACUCUUA